UCUCUCUCGGGUCAGGCUCUCGGCUCCCGGCUCCCGGCUCUGGCUCCCGGCGCCCGGCGCUGAGCCGCUCCUCGCACGACGCGCCGCCGAGGCGGGCGGGUGUACGGACGCGGGGGCCAGCGUCGUCGGAUCCGCCCGCAGUCCGCAGCCCGGCUGAGCCCGGAGGCCGCCCGGAUGGAGCCGCCGCUCCCGGUCGGAGCCCAGCCCCUUGCCACUGUCGAGGGUAUGGAGAUGAAGGGUCCUCUCCGGGAGCCCUGCGCUCUGACCCUAGCCCAGAGGAACGGGCAAUAUGAGUUAAUAAUCCAGUUGCACGAGAAGGAACAGCAUGUUCAAGAUAUCAUUCCUAUAAAUAGCCACUUUAGAUGUGUUCAAGAAGCGGAAGAAACUCUUUUGAUUGAUAUAGCUUCAAACAGUGGCUGCAAAAUUCGGGUUCAGGGGGACUGGACCAGAGAGCGCCGCUUUGAAAUCCCUGAUGAGGAACACUGUCUGAAGUUCCUCUCAGAGGUCCUUGCUGCUCAGGAAGCUCAGUCACAACUUCUUGUUCCAGAGCAAAAGGACUCAUCCAGCUGGUACCAGAAAUUAGACACUAAGGACAAACCUUCUGGUUUUUCAGGGAUUCUUGGAUUUGAGGAUAAUUUUUCAUCUAUGAAUUUGGACAAGAAAAUAAAUUCACAAAAUCAGCCUAUGGGGAUUCAUCGGGAACCCCCACCCCCGCCCCCUUCAGUGAAUAGAAUGCUUCCACGUGACAAAGAAGCUUCUAACAAGGAGCAGCCCAAAGUGACCAACACCAUGCGGAAGCUCUUCGUACCCAAUACCCAGUCUGGACAGCGGGAGGGUCUCAUCAAACAUCUCCUGGCAAAGCGAGAGAAAGACUAUGUCAACAUUCAGACUUUCAGAUUUUUUAUUGGAACUUGGAACGUGAAUGGCCAGUCUCCAGAUAGUGGGUUAGAACCUUGGCUGAACUGUGAUCCGAGCCCUCCUGAUAUCUACUGCAUUGGAUUCCAAGAACUGGACUUGAGCACAGAAGCCUUUUUCUACUUUGAAUCUGUGAAGGAACAAGAGUGGUCCAUGGCUGUGGAGAGGGCUUUGCAUUUCAAAGCCAAGUAUAAGAAAGUUCAACUAGUCCGCCUUGUUGGGAUGAUGCUCCUGAUAUUUGCCAGAAAGGAUCAGUGGCGAUAUAUCCGCGAUAUUGCUACAGAAACAGUUGGAACUGGAAUCAUGGGGAAAAUGGGAAACAAAGGUGGGGUAGCUGUGAGAUUUGUAUUUCACAACACUACCUUUUGCAUUGUCAAUUCCCACCUGGCUGCCCAUGUGGAGGACUUUGAGAGAAGGAAUCAAGAUUAUAAGGACAUCUGCGCAAGAAUGAGUUUUGUGGUCCCAAAUCAGACUCUCCCGCAGCUGAACAUCAUGAAACAUGAUGUUGUCAUCUGGUUGGGAGAUUUGAACUAUAGACUUUGCAUGCCUGAUGCCAAUGAAGUGAAGAGUCUUAUUAACAAGAAUGACCUUCAGAGACUCUUGAAAUUUGACCAGCUAAAUAUUCAGCGCACACAGAAAAAAGCUUUUGCCGACUUCAUUGAAGGGGAAAUCAAAUUUACCCCCACUUACAAGUAUGACUCUAAAACAGACCGAUGGGAUUCCAGUGGGAAAUGUCGGGUUCCAGCCUGGUGUGACCGAAUUCUUUGGAGAGGAACAAAUGUUAAUCAGCUUCACUACCGGAGUCACAUGGAACUGAAAACCAGUGACCACAAGCCUGUUAGCGCCCUCUUCAAUAUUGGGGUGAAGGUUGUGGAUGAACGGAGGUAUCGGAAAGUGUUUGAAGAUAUUGUACGCAUCAUGGACAGAAUGGAAAAUGACUUCCUUCCUUCCUUAGAACUCAGUAGGAGAGAGUUUGUGUUUGAGAAUGUGAAGUUUCGGCAACUACAAAAGGAGAAGUUCCAGAUCAGCAACAAUGGACAGGUUCCCUGCCAUUUUUCUUUCAUCCCUAAACUUAAUGACAGCCAGUACUGCAAGCCAUGGCUUCGGGCUGAACCUUUUGAGGGCUACUUGGAGCCAAAUGAGACAGUGGACAUUUCUCUUGAUGUGUAUGUCAGCAAAGACUCUGUGACCAUCCUGAACUCAGGGGAAGAUAAGAUUGAAGAUAUUCUUGUCCUUCACCUGGAUCGAGGCAAAGAUUACUUCUUGACCAUCAGUGGAAAUUACCUCCCAAGUUGUUUCGGGACAUCCUUAGAGGCUUUGUGCCGAAUGAAAAGACCAAUCCGAGAAGUUCCUGUUACCAAACUCAUAGACUUGGAAGAAGACAGCUUCCUAGAAAAGGAGAAAUCCCUUCUUCAGAUGGUUCCCUUGGAUGAAGGUGCCAGUGAGAGACCCCUUAAAGUCCCCAAGGAGAUCUGGCUUCUGGUAGAUCACUUAUUCAAAUACGCCUGUCACCAGGAGGACCUGUUCCAAACCCCUGGAAUGCAGGAGGAGUUACAGCAGAUCAUUGAUUGUCUGGAUACCAGCAUUCCCGAGACAAUCCCUGGCAGUAAUCACUCUGUGGCUGAAGCACUGCUCAUUUUCCUGGAAGCCCUGCCAGAGCCCGUCAUCUGUUAUGAGCUUUAUCAGCGAUGCCUGGACUCUGCUCAGGAUCCUCAGAUCUGCCGACAGGUGAUUUCCCAGCUUCCAAGGUGCCAUAGAAAUGUUUUCCGUUACUUGAUGGCAUUCCUUCGAGAACUCUUAAAAUUCUCUGAAUACAACAACGUCAGCACCAACAUGAUUGCCACUCUCUUCACUAGUCUUCUCCUAAGGCCUCCACCCAACCUCAUGGCCAGACAGACUCAAAGCGACCGCCAGCGUGCUAUCCAGUUCCUUCUGGGUUUUCUGCUUGGAAGCGAUGAAGACUGAUAAGUCUUUUCCUCUUACUACUCUCCGAGAUUCUAGAGACAGAAGAUCUCGGGCACCAAGUAUUUCAGAAUGAUUUGAAAGUCAUGCCACAGGAAGGGUCUAUUGCAGAUUUUCGAGGCUGCUGGCGUGAAAAAGUUCUGUUUCUAGCGCAAAAGGAAAAGAGUCUCCUAAUCCCUCCCCUACCAUAUCCUACACAGCAAAAUACUUUUAGACUUAUAUUGCCAAGCCAAAGUUACCAUA